GGCGCGGCGGGCCGCUGCCGGGGGCGCCAUUGGCCCGCGUGCCGCCGGUGCCCCUCGCUUCGCCCCGCGCCUCCGAGACCUCCCCGGGGGGGGGGCCCGAUGCGGCUCCCGCCCGCUGACGCCUGCCAAGAUGGCGGCUCCUGAGGAGGGGGGCACCGAGGCGCCGCCGCCCCCCCCUCCUCCCGCUGAAGACGAGCCCCCCGGAGGGGCGGCCGCCGCCUGCGGGGUUCCCCUCAGCUUGGCGGCGGGCAGGGCCGCGGCGGAGGAGGAGGGGGAGGAGGGGGGCGCGGGCGCGGUAGGGCCCGUCGGCCCGCCGCCCCCCGCGGAGGGCCCGGAGCUGCUGGCGGUGACGGAGGAACUGGCGCAGAGCUUGGCCGCCCUGGAAGGCGGCGCGGCGGCGGCGGCCGGCACCGUCCUCUACCUGCAGGCGGACGGGAGCCUGGUGGAGGGCGCGGGGCUGAGCGCCGAGGAGCAGCGGCGGCUGCUGGAGCAGCUGCUGGCCGCCGCCGAGGGCCCGGGGCCGGUGACGGCGGAGCCGCCGCCCCCGCCGCCUCGGCACGCGGCCACGCCGCUGGCCCCCGCGGAGCUCCAGCGGGUCAUCGAGCAAGUGAGCAAGGCCCAGGAGCAGCAGAAGCCGCCGGCGGUGGCAGCCGCCCCGCUGGAGCCCUGCCCGGGGCCGCCGCCCUCCCGCGGCGAGGGGUGCCCGCCGUCCCGGGACGCUGGCCCGUUGCCGCCGCAGGCCUGCGGGGCCGCCCCGCCGCUGGCCAGCAUCAUGCACAACGCCGCCCAGCAGCUGCAGAGCGUGGCCCAGCGGGUCGCCCUGCAGCAGGGCAAAUCCAUGGCGGCCGCCCGGCUCCUCCCGCAGAAGCAGCUGGAAGCCAUUUGUGUCCAAGUUCAGCCAGGACAGAUGAAGGAAACUGAAAGGCCAAUGCCGUCAUUGGCACCAAUCCAGUCCAAAACUAUAACGCUGAGUCAGUCGGUUGGUAGAAAUUCUAGCAUACCAGGACUUGGCAUUAUUAAUCCCCAGAUAAUUAGGAUACAGCCUGUUACAGGAACUGAGCAGCAGCAGCAGCAGCAGCUAUUCCUGCAUAAUUCUUCUGAGUCUCCAAUUCAGUUGCUUAUGCAGAGACCUUUACCAUCUCAUGGAUCGGUGUCUGUGAACAAGAUUCCCACAUCUAAGAUGCUAAAUGGACAGAAAGCUACACGUGCCACAGUAUCGGCUACAAGGUCUCCCAAUACUACCAUGGCUGCAGCUAGUUCAGCAAAUACUCUGAUACCAUGCCUUGAAAAAAAACAAAAAGAUGACAAGUUAAAAAAAUCCUUGAAAGUGAAAACUCGUUCUGGACGGAUUUCACGCCCCCCCAAAUACAAAGCUAAAGAUUAUAAAUUCAUUAAAAUGGAGGAUUUGGCUGAUGGUCAUCAGUCUGAUUCUGAUGACUACUCUGAGCUGAGUAUAGAAGAUGAUGAAGAAGGAAAGGUGAAGGGAAAGGAUGCAUUAUUCAGUUCUUCAAAUUAUAAUCUGAAACCCAAAACGUUUAAAUGUCAGACUUGUGAAAAAUCCUAUAUAGGAAAAGGAGGAUUAGCAAGACAUUAUAAACUUAACCCAGGCCAUGGACAGCUGGAGUCUUCACCUCAAAAAAUACCUUUAAAUAAGCCUAAUGGAAGUGUAUUUGUGGACAAUGCCUGUGAAAUAAGAGAGGAAACGAUGAGUCCAGCACAUUUGGAUUCAACUGUUGUCACUUUAAAUAAUGAAAAUGCACUAGCUACCAGUCUGGAAGAAACUGUUGGUUCGAAGGCUGGAGAACAGACUUCUAAGUCUGCAGAAAGCAGACAGAUGUUGGCAGAACAACAAAAUGAAGCCAGUUCAGGACACUGGGGACCCAUAACGGCUAAAGGACCUGGAAGACCCAGACGACCAAAGAGACGUGGUCGACCAAGGAUGGGUGGAAGAUCUAGGUGUUCUGGAAGGCUUAGCAGACCUGGUCAGUCCCCUUCAAAGUCACUUAGUAGUGUGUCAGCAGAACACAAUGUAUUCAGAAGAAAAGCUAGGUUAAAAGAGCUAAUACAACAAUGUGAUAAUGAAGACUUAAUGGAGCUGGCUCUCCCACGUCUUACAAAGCUUGUUACAGUAUAUGAAUUUCUGUUGAUGAAGGUUGAAAAAGGGUAUCCAGCCAAAGCUUACUUCCCAGAUGUGUAUAGGGAAUUUGAAGACUUGCAUAAUAUGGUAAAGAAAAUGGCUUUUGAUCACCUCAGUAAUUCUGAUUUGCUGAGUUGCCAGCAGCCUGUUGAAAUAAAAGAUGCUAAGGUUGCUGCAUCACUAGGAAUUACAGAAAUACUCACUGGAGAACGAAAGAUGCAAGGUGUAGACUCUUGUUCACAAUGUAUAACUAAAAUGGUUAGUGAGCAAGUGCCUGUGGAGAUACUGGGACAAAAACGGUUAGCUGAGAGCUCAGGGGAGGAACUGUUGCCAUCAGCCAAAAGGACCAAGUUAGAAGACGUAAUGGAGAAUGUGAAUAAUGCUUAUGCCAGUCAAGAUGAAGUGAAAGAAAAGAGUGGGAAUUUGUGUACACUGUUUGAAAAAGAUGGUUUUAAUCCAUUAAAUGGAGAAAUCCUGCUUUCAGAAGAUAGGCAUAUCACUUGCUGUGCAAUUGGAAGUACAUUACCGACAGCAGAGGAUCAUAAUGCACUUGCUGAUUCAGGAGUUAGAAUCAAUGCUGAAAAUUCAGGUACCUUCUCCCAGACUGUGAAAAUGAGGAUAGAGUAUUCCCAACCUGUAAACGUACAGGGACCAGACAUGGCAGGUGACGCAUCUCUGCUACGUACUGAAGUUGUAUUGCCUGUUGAAGCAGAUGGCUCACCUCAAUUAGUUCAAGCGCACUUUGUGAGCGAGAAUACAGCAGAUGGACUGUCAGCUCCUGAACUCUGCAGCUCUGUGUCGGAGAAUGCAGUGGGCAGUCAGAGCACUAACUUACAAACAAGUGAAGAAAAUGGUCACAAUCAAAAAUACCAGAAACUGCAAGAAGAAAACCAUAAUUUUGCAAUUAAAGAACAUUCUGAACAACUUUGUAAUGCUGGUAUGACUGAUGAGAUGCAGGAACUUGAAAAAGUGUUUUCAACAAACACUGUGCCAAUAAGCUACCCACACAGUGUUCAGACUGAGUCGCACCAGAACCCUGUCCAGGAAGCCUCCUUGUCUGCUCAUGUGAACCAUGAAAACUCUUUUAAAAACCCCAAUGAAUUUUCUUGUGGCACAGAGGAACAACAUGUGCUGGAGAAUACAGUUACUGUAGAUGAAACUGUGGCCUUUGAGAUUACUGAUGAGAGCCAUGAUUUUUUGUCUCAGGGACAUGAACAGAUUUUUAUUCAGACUUCAGAUGGGCUUAUCCUGCCUCAUCCAGACACUGCUGUUUUGUCUCAGGCAGAAGGUAUUGUUAUUGUAACUGAUUCCAAUGGUACUACAAUGCACAUUCGCACACCUGAGGGGAUACCUUUGGAAACCGUGGAAGCACUACUGGCAAUGGAAGCAGAUGGCCAAAGUGAAGAUAUUUUGCUCUCGCAAAGUGAAUUGGAGCCAUAAAUUAGAAAACUGUAUAUGCUUUCUUCUGGAAAAGAUGGACUCUAUAAAAUGUAUAUUUUUCUAAUGUGAAUACUGAAAUAAUUGAAAUUUAACUUAUUUGUAAACUGUUUCUAUGCCCUGUACUUUUUAUAACUUAUGUUUAUAUAAUUCUAGCAGCAUUGCAACCAAAAAUUCUAGAAUUAACAUCAUUCUAUUUGCUUUAUAUGUUGGGGGUGGGUGGAAAGUGGAAAUCUGUCAACCCUAAAACUGUUGCACUAUUCCCUUUUGUUACAUAAUUCCUUUUCUCUCUAGCCAUCUAAAAAUGCAGUAAGUUGUACUGCUGUUCAGCAGUGAUGUGCUGUGUACUGGCAAGCUGUAUAUGGGUAAAAUAAAAACUACAUUAAAAAUG